AGUCUGGGGCCAGUCGCUCCACCUGUUUGCGCCUCCGUUUUCUCCCGAGUCAAGCAGAGUCAUGCCCGCCUCGCGGGGUCUCUGCGCGGGUGACCCGAGCGCUACGAAGCCCGCGCACCCUGCAGGGCCCGGCCCCGGGAUGCCUCUCGUCCUGCCGUCCCGCCCCGGGCCUGUGUCGCCGGGUCGCAGGCGCUGGCAGCUGCAGCGGGGAGGGGGCGACUCGGCAGGCCGGGCCCGGGCGCACGGUCCCCUCGGCACCCUGCGGGAGGCGCCGGGCCGGGACCUGGGAGCUCGCGGGUGCAGACAGAUCUGGUGGUGCUCCAGGGAGCGGCUGCAUCAGGUGUUACGUGAGCCAAGCCCUAACCGUGCAGAAGAGUGAGAGCUGAAACCUGCUACCGGAUCAGAAGGCAUCCCUCCCGGGGCUUGCUGGGCUGUGGACACCUCCCGGGCCCCUCCGUCUGGGCCCCGUGGAUAGGAGGGGCUGGCCGAGCAGGCAGCUGGGCUAUGGUUUGCUGCCUCGGUCUGGCCGUCCUCAGCCUGGUCAUCAGCCAGGGGGCUGACGGUCGAGGGAAGCCUGAGGUGGGGUCAGUGGUGGGCCGGGCUGGCGACAGUGCGGUGCUGGGCUGUGACCUGCUGCCCCCGGCUGGCCGGCCCCCGCUACAUGUCAUCGAGUGGCUGCGCUUUGGAUUCCUGCUCCCCAUCUUCAUCCAGUUCGGCCUCUACUCUCCCAGAAUUGACCCCGAUUACGUGGGGCGAGUCCGGCUGCAGAAGGGGGCAUCUCUCCGGAUUGAGGGGCUCCGAGCGGAAGACCAAGGCUGGUACGAGUGCCGAGUGCUCUUCCUGGACAAGCACAGCCCUGAGGACGACUCUGUUAACGGCUCCUGGGUGCACCUUACAGUCAAUUCACCCCCUCAGUUCCUGGAGACCCCUCCCCAGGUGCUGGAAGUUCAGGAACUGGAGCCUGUGACCCUGCGUUGUGUGGCCCGUGGCAGCCCACAGCCUCAUGUGACUUGGAAGCUCCGAGGACAGGAUCUUGGCCAGGGCCAGGGCCAGGGCCAGGUGCAAGUGCAGAAUGGGACGCUGUGGAUCCGGCGGGUGGAACGCCGCAGCUCUGGGGUCUACACCUGUCAAGCCUCCAGCACCGAGGGCAGUGCCUCCCACGCCACCCAGCUGCUGGUGCUAGGCCCCCCGGUCAUCGUGGUGCCCCCCAAGAACAGCACGGUCAAUGCCUCCCAGGAUGUUUCCUUGGCCUGCCGGGCUGAGGCGUACCCCACCAACCUCACUUAUAGCUGGUUCCAGGACAGCGUCAACGUGUUCCACGUUAGCCGCCUGCAGCCCCGAGUGCGGAUCCUGGUAGACGGGAGCCUGCGGCUGCUGGCCGCCCAGCCGGACGAUGCGGGCCGCUACACCUGCGUGCCCAGCAAUGGCCUCCGGCGCCCGCCCUCGGCCUCUGCCUACCUCACUGUGCUCUACCCAGCGCAGGUGACAGCGAUGCCUCCUGAGACCCCCCUGCCCGUAGGCAUGCGGGGGGUGAUCCGGUGCCCGGUCCGCGCCAACCCCCCACUGCUCUUCGUCAGCUGGACCAAGGAUGGGCAGGCCCUGCAGCUGGAUAAGCUCCCUGGCUGGUCCCAGGGCCCCGAGGGCUCCCUGAUCAUCGCCCUGGGGAACGAGGAUGCCCUGGGAGAAUACUCCUGCACCCCCUACAACAGUCUCGGUACUGCAGGGCCCUCCCCGGUGACCCGCGUGCUGCUCAAGGCUCCCCCAGCUUUUCUAGAACGACCUAAGGAAGAAUAUUUCCAAGAAGUAGGGCGGGAGCUACUCAUCCCCUGCUCUGCCCAGGGAGACCCCCCUCCUGCUAUCUCUUGGGCCAAGGUGGGCCGGGGGCCGCAGGGCCAGGCCCAGGUGGGCAGCAACAGUAGCCUCAUCCUGCGGCCGCUGACCAAGGAGGCCCAUGGGCGCUGGGAGUGCACCGCUAGCAAUGCUGUGGCCCGAGUGGCCGCCUCCACACAUGUCUACGUGCUGGGCACCAGCCCACACGUUGUCACCAAUGUGUCCGUGGUGCCUUUGCCCAAGGGUGCCAAUGUCUCCUGGGAGCCCGGCUUCGAUGGUGGCUAUCUGCAGAGAUUCAGUGUCUGGUAUACCCCACUGGCCAAGCGUCCGGACCGAACCCACCACGACUGGGUGUCGCUGGCGGUGCCUGUGGGGGCUGCUUACCUCCUGGUGCUGGGGCUGCAGCCCCAUAUCCAGUACCAGUUCAGCGUCCUAGCGCAGAACAAGCUGGGCAGUGGGCCCUUCAGUGAGAUCGUCUUGUCUGCCCCCGAGGGGCUUCCCACCACGCCAGCUGCCCCCAGUCUUCCGCCCACUGAGAUGUCACCUGCCCUGUCACCUCCCCGAGGCCUGGUGGCAGUGAGGACACCCCGGGGGGUGCUCCUGCAUUGGGAUCCCCCAGAACUGGUCCCUAAAACACUGGAUGGCUAUAUCCUGGAGGGGCGGCAAGGCUCCCAGGGCUGGGAGGUGCUAGACCGGGCCGUGGCAGGCACAGACAUGCAGCUGCUGGUACCUGGACUCAUCAAGGACGUUCUGUACGAGUUCCGCCUCGUGGCCCUCGCAGGCAGCUAUGUCAGCGAUCCGAGCAACACGGCCAACGUGUCCACUUCCGGCCUGGAGGUGUACCCCUCCCGCACGCAGCUGCCGGGCCUCCUGCCCCAGCCGGUCCUGGCCGGCGUGGUGGGCGGGGUCUGCUUCCUGGGCGUGGCUGUCCUCGUGAGCGUCCUGGCCGCCUGCCUGACCAACCGGCGCAGGGCAGCCCGCCGCCGCCGCAAGCGCCUCCGCCAAGAUGCGCCUCUUAUCUUCUCCCCGCCCGGGAAGUCAGCUCCGCACUCUGCUCCGGGUUCGGGCAGUCCUGACAGCGUGGCAAAGCUGAAGCUCCAGGGCUCCCCGGUUCCCAGCCUGCGCCAGAGUCUGCUCUGGGGGGAGCCCGCUGGUCCCCCCAGCCCCCCUCCGGAUCCUCCACCUAGCCGGGGCCCCUUACCCCUGGAGCCCAUUUGCCGGGGACCAGACGGCCGCUUUGUGAUGGGACCCAGCGCCGGGACCCCCCAAGAAAGGUCAGGCUCUGAGCGAGCUGAACCUCGGACCCCAUCCCAGCACCAGGCCAGGUCCUAUGACUGCAGCAGCAGCAGCCCCAGUGGGAUGCCCCAGCCCCUCUGCAUUGCAGACAUCAGCCCUGUGGGGCCCCCUCCCGAGGCCCCGCCCAGUCCUCUGCCUGGUCCAGGACCCCUGCUUCAGUACCUGAGCCUGCCCUUCUUCCGGGAGAUGAAUGUGGACGGGGACUGGCCCCCUUUCGAGGAGCCCGGGCCUGCUCCACCCCCAGAUUACAUGGAUACCCGGCCCUGCCCCACCUCAUCUCUCCUUCAGCCCCUGGACUCCGCCACCGUGUCCCCCAGGGCAGUGCUUCCUGGGGCUGUGGUCGGGGCCGGGGCCACCCCAGAGCCCCUGUACACGGCACUGGCCGACUGGACACUGAGGGAACGGCUGCUGCCAAGCCUUCUCCCUGCCGCCCCUCGGGGUAGCCUCACCAGCCAGAGCAGCGGGCGGGGCAGCGCCUCGUUCCUUCGGCCCCCCUCCACAGCCCCCUCUGCGGGAGGCAGCUACCUCAGCCCUGCUCCGGGAGACACCGGCAGCUGGGCCAGUGGCCCUGAGAGGUGGCCCCGAAGGGAACACGUGGUGACAGUCAGCAAGAGGAGAAACACAUCUGUGGAUGAAAACUAUGAGUGGGACUCAGAAUUCCCCGGGGACAUGGAAUUGCUGGAGACUCUGCACCUGGGCGCGGCUGGCCCUCGACCCCGACCUGAAGCUGAGCCAGAGCUAGAUGUGAAGACUCCAGAGGAGGGUGGCCUCUUGAACGCUGCCCGUGCUUCUGGCCCCGAGGCCCGCUGUGCUGUCCUCCGGGAGGAAUUCCUAGCUUUCCGUCGCCGCCGCGAUGCCACUAGGGUCCGGCCACCGGUCUAUAGACAGCCAGUGCCCCACCCCGAACAGGCCACUCUGCUGUGAGAGCGCCUGAUAGGAGGCUGGGUGAAGGCACACAGAGCCUGCAGAGGGGAGGCCCCAGCAAGCCCUAGCUCCGGCCCGGAACACUGCUCCCGCAGCUCUGGUGGUGGUGGGCUUGGGUGGGCUUGCUAGGAGGUGUACAUGCCGGGCCCCCGGAGUCCGGGGACUGGGACAGGGAUCUUAGAUCUGCCCGUGUGUGUGUGAGUGUGUGUGGUGACGGUGAUGGUGUUUGUGGUGUGGGUGAGGUUUUUUACAGGUGAAUAAAGAAAGUCUGACAAA